CAUGUCUCUUAUCAUCCACGUUGGCAUAAAUGAUUUUCAUCUCUUUAAUGACGUAUCUGGGAGCCUGGGUAGGAGCAGCAUGAUAAAAAUUUUGGCGGGAAAUCUUUAGCUUCGCGUUGACUUCCCUUUCGAGACGAACAACGUGAAAAUGCCAUUUUGGGAAAAAACCACACCAGCUGUUGAUAAACUUGAGCAAUCGUUAAAAUGUCACAUUUGCCAACAUUUGAUGAAGGAUCCUUACUCCAUCAAAAAUUGUGACCACUCCUUCUGCAGAUCAUGCAUCACAAAGGCUGUAAAUGAAGAUUCAAAAUGUCCAGAGUGUGGAUCUAUUGCAUGGGUUAAAGAUUUGCAAGUGAAUAGAGAGCUAGCUGGUACAAUUGAAUUUUGUCUUGGAAUGAGAAAUGUAAUUGCAAAUCAUCAGAUACAAGGUCCUAGUAUAACUGAUGAAUCUAGAACCAAAUCUUUUGACAAUGAAGAUGACAAAGGAGAUAAUAGGAAAGAUAUAGAAAACAGCCCAAGCUGGCCAAUGUCUGGAGUACAAGCAAAAAAAUCAACGAAGACCUAUGGCAAAAAGAAGAAAAGAUCUGCAGAAACAGCAGCAGAAACAAUGCCUGCUUUUCAGGAAAUUUCUGCUGAAAAGACUGAUUUUGUCAAUAGCAAGAACUUUGAUGUUUACAAUGAAGAUUGUGUUUUAGACGUUGAGAACAACUUUUUUAAAGAUGUGCCAGCUACAGGUCAGGGAGAUUGUAGCAGCAAAAAUUCAGUCAAUGAACAGUCUGCCUCCAGUUCCACAGACAUAAAGUCAGUUAUGCCAAUCGAUCAGAAGUGUACUGAAGCAAAUCAGAAAGAUGGGUCUUUCAAAUUGAAAGACAAGAUAUCCUCCGCAACCAAAAAAACUGCCAGUCAUAUUCAAGGGAGGAAAGAACGAGCGAAAAGAUCGGUUCGAACAAGCAAUCCCAGCCCCAAAGAGGCUUGUCGUUCUGUGUGCUCUGUGACGAAAGUCAACAAAAAAGGCGAAACACCUUUGCAUGUUGCUGCUAUUAAGGGCAAGUAUGACCAGGUUCGAGAACUGCUUGAGAAAGGAGCUGACCCAAAUGCCAAAGAUUUUGCUGGAUGGACACCUUUACACGAGGCAUGCAACCAUGGGUGCCUCGAGAUCGUUCAGCUUCUGCUUGAUAGCGGGGCUUUUAUUGACGUGCCUGGUUGCGACCACGAUACUCCACUUCACGACGCAAUCGCAAAUAGCAGGCUGGAAGUUGCAGAGUUUUUGAUAUCCAAAGGUGCAUCUCUGGAUGUGAGAAAUAAACAAGGACUCUUACCGAUGGACUACGUAAGAUCUAGUGCAGUGAAAGACCAACUGAUGCUGGCAGCCACAAUGGCUCAAGAAAACAGAGAGGCGAACGUGUCAAUAAAUCUCUCUGGCAAGAUUAAAACAAACCAUUGCAUGCCAAAAUGCAUCCUGCAAACUGGCCUUGAUCAGAACAAAAAGGAAAUAUUGGCAAGAUGUACAAAGCGCCUCGGCUGUGAGCUUGUUGAUGAAUUUAGCAGUCAAGUCACACACGUGGUCACCAAUGUUGAUGAUCAACUCAUUUGCAGCCGCACCAUCAAGUAUUUUCAUGGAAUAUUGACUGGCAAAUGGAUAGUUUCCUUUCAAUGGAUAGCUGACAGUCUAAAGAAACAUCACUGGGUAGACGAAGAGCCGUAUGAAGUUAGGGGCUGCCAAGAAGCCAGUGAAUCAGCCCCCAUGAAAGCAAGACUAAACGCAGCCAAGCAGUUCCCGCCACUGUUUGAUGGCUGCUCCUUCUUCUUCAGUGGCGAUUUCAAAUCACACCCAUCUAAGCCUGAUCUUCUUUCCCUCGUCCAGUUUGGAGGAGGAACCAUACUUCAUCGUGAACCAAAGCCAGAAACAUCACAUCCACUCAUCACCCCGUCCUCCCCGGCGGUCAUGAAAAUGAUGUCAUUAAAAGUGCAGGAAUCGCCAACAAUAGCAUACCACGCAAAGCCGAAUACGUCACAGUCUCAUUGCACCCAGUUUAUCAUCUUCGAUCCUGUGUCUUGUCCUGAUCACAAGCGGCUUAGCACCCCUAUAAUGUGCACAGCCCCUUCCACUUGGAUCUUAGACUGUAUCUCAAACUUUGAGCUUUUAGAGGUAAGGGAUGCCUAAGGUCCACAAAAGAGAAUCAGUGAAAUUUUCAUUUGUUAUUAACAAUUUCUAAAAUAAUCCGUUUUGUAAAAUGAAUAUUGUUUUUUCAAUCUCAUUUGACAGUGACUACAACACUCAAAUUUCAAGUCGUGUUUGUGUCUUCAAUAUUACAUUUGACCUUGGUCAAAGAUGCAGUAAAGUUUUUAAAGUUAUCGCAAUGGUUGCUUUAGAAAUUUCUCAAAAUUAUCUGCAUUGUAGCUGCGUUUUCUAGAUGAAUCCGUGGUUGUUUAACGCAUGUACGCUUGACAGGCAGACAAGACAUUUUUCUAUUUCCAUAUUUGAUCACAUAGAAUAAAAAUCCUCUAGUUUUAUUUGAUAAUCGAGGCAGUUGUGUAAACAAAUCUAUUUGACAAAUUUUCAAUAUUUGUCAACUAAAUUACAUUGGAUUUCAAAAGUUUUGGUAGCUUGUGUAUAUAGUUAGCUCAAGCAAAACAUUGUAGCGAAUUUCAGUCAGAUUCAUUUAUUUAGCUUAAUGACAAAAUUCUACUAGUAGGAUUUCUUUCACGGCAUUUUUUUUAUAUUCUGAACGGUUUUUAUGUUUACGCUAUUUUUUAACUUUUUUAACUUUUUUUUGAUUUUCGUAAAGAUUACCGCAACGAAUGAUUACAGAAACGAAACUUCAAAGAGCGCGGCAAAAGAUUUAAGUCCAACCCUGCAGCUAGUGACUG